GCCCUCAAAUGACAGCGCUCAAAUUGGCCGAUGCGCUCUGCAGUGACGUUGCAUGCGAUAGCCAGCCUCGGUCAUUUGAAUUCGAAUGGGCGGAAAUUUCGGCAGCUAAAUAUGCAAGCUUGUGUGUGCAGACGAAAUUUAUUGAAUUCGGUCGGAUCGGUGCUGCUGUUGUUUCUCAAAUUUAUUUGACCGACCAGUUGUGGCGCGACUGGCGAUUACGCAAACCGAAAAUUUUCAAAAAUCUCAUUUGAUCGCCGUGUGUGCACUUCAAAAUAUAAUUUGAUUAAUAAUAAUAAAGUGAUUUGUUUAUAAAAUCGCGUGCCGUCAAUCGCAGAGAGGCUAAACAUUGUGAAAAUUAAUUGAAAAGAACAGCGAAAAAAUAUGACAAAUCCUGGAAAAUGCGCAGUUUGUGGCGUGGACGCGUCACAGAAGUGUGGUGGCUGCCGAAAUGUGGUCUAUUGCGGCAAAGAACAUCAGAUCAUCCAUUGGAAGAAGGGGCACAAGGCGGAGUGCAAGUGUUAUGAGAUCGCCAUAAACGAUACAUUGGGUCGUCACUUACGUGCCACACGUGACAUUAAAAAAGGUGAAAUCUUCUUGCGUGAAAAGCCCUUCAUAUAUGGACCCAAGGUGGCUAGUGCGCCUACAUGUUUGGGCUGUCACCGCUCAUUGCCAAAUCCUGUUUCGCCAAAAAAUAAUUUCUACAAAUGCAGUCGCUGCUCGUGGCCCUUGUGCGGACCGCAGUGUGAAAAGUCCUCACUCCAUAUUGACGAAUGCGAGCUCAUGGCGGCACGUAAAUUCAAAGCCAAGAUCGAUUAUGAUCCCACUAAGGAGGGUACAGGUAAAAAGGAGUCUGCCUAUUGUGUCAUUUUGCCGCUGCGUUGCAUUUUGUUGCGUAAUAAAAACCCAGAAGCCUUCGCGCGUUUCGCACAGCUGGAAGAUCAUCUCAACGAGCGCAUAAAUACGCCGCUCUAUAAGAUACUCAGCGCAAAUUUGUUAACCUUUAUCAAGACGAUUAUGGGUUUCAGCGAAUGGAGCGAUGACGAUGUCUUACGCAUCGCCGCGCGUUUGGAUACGAACACUUUUGAGGUGCGUCAAGCCGCAACCGGACAGAAGCUGCGCUCGAUCUAUACACAUGCGGCGAUGAUCUCACACGAUUGUGUCUCGAAUGCGCGCCACACCUUCGACGAUCAAAUGCAAAUACUCUUCAUAGCGAAGCAGAAGAUCGCGAAGGGCGAAGUAAUUGCGACCUCCUAUACGCAACCGUUGAAGUGUACGCUCAUGCGUCGGCAACAUCUCUCGCAGGCGAAGUGCUUCGAGUGCACUUGUGCGCGCUGCAAAGAUCCCGAGGAGUUGGGCACAUUCGCCGGCGCUAUUCUAUGCAGCCGCUGCAAAAUCGGAAAGAUAAUAUCCACAAAUCCGCUGGACAAUGGCGCUUUGUGGAAGUGUCAGCUUUGUCCACACGAAAUUCCCGCCAAACAGAUCAAUUGGGGCAACGGCGCCAUGUUGAAAGAGAUCGAGUCGUUAAACAAGCAGUCACCACGCGCGUUUGAAGAGUUCCUACACCGUUAUCGCGACACGUUGCAUGAGAAAAACACCCAUAUGUUGCAAGUAAAGUACGCGCUCACUCAACUGUAUGGCAAUGCGCCCGGAUUUCAGAUGCACGAAAUGAAUGAUGCGGCUGUAAAGCGAAAAGUGGAACUCUGUCAAGAGCUCUUGGAAGUAGCGGAAAUACUCGAUGGUGGUGCUAGCAUAUUCCGCGGUAACCUUUUGCUGGAUCUGCAGGAAGCUUUAGUGGUACAAGCAAAACGCGAAUUUGAGAAAGGCUUACUGACCAAAGCAAAUGUUCAGGAAAAACUCACCGAAGCAAUGGAGCUGCUGAAAGAAGCUGUGGAAAUUAUGAAAUUGGAACCUGAUAUGCAGGAUGCGCUGAAAGUGCGUACGCAACAGUUAGCUAACGAGCUAGAACUUGAUUGAAUACCUAGAUUUUUUAGUUGAGAUAUGAGAGUAAUUUAUUAAUUUUUAGU